AUGGACAUAUAUGUCGAGCAUAGAGUAGUUGAUGAUGGUAAUGUCGAGGAAGAAGGUGGUGUUAAUGUUAAUAUCGAGGAUGAUUGUGUUGUUAAUUAUGAAGUUAACAUUAAUAUUGAGGAUGAUGUUAAUGGUUAUGAUGAUGGUGUUGUUAAUUUUAAGGAUGGUGUUAAUGAUGAUGGUGUUGGUGGUGUUAAUGAUGAAGGUGUUGUUAAUGUUGAAGAAGAUAAACAUGAGGAUAGUGAUGACAGUGAUGAUAGUGACUUUGAAGCUAAUGGUAUAAGAUUUUAUGAUAGUGAGGAUGAGAGAGCUCUUGAGUUGGAUGAUGAAUUUAAAUGA